UCUAAAAAAAUUGUAAUGUUUUAUAACAUUCUCGAGGAAAAAAAAAUUGAGCUCUUGACAUUUUCGCGGAAUUUGUUAUUACAAACAAAUACGGUAUACCUGUGGUAAAUCAGAUGACCAGGCUUCCAAGCCAGAACGACGAGAAUCAAAAUGGCGGAUUACGUAAGCUAAACUUUCUAUCGUCAAAAAUUUGACAACAAUCCCAUCUAUAUCUCAUACCAAGGAUACUAUGUGAAAGAGCCGAAGUUAAAGUGUCAAAAUGAGCUGGUUUUUAACGAAGUUUUUUGGAAACGGGACUUCGCGACAUGUUUUUCAAAGUCUGAACAGAAUAAGAUCGAACAAGAGGAGUCUGUGCGGGACGUGGUCUCUGAUUAAUCAGACAAGGGGCGUCGCUUUUUUGCAGCAGCAGAGUAUAAGGGCUGGUUUGCCUACAGGAAUAUGGCCUGGUAGAAGCGCUGGUGUGUUUCCCUUGUCCAAGUCGAAUCCAGUCUUACGUUGCAAUACUCGGUCUGCCUCUCUCCGGCCUGGGAGUGUGUUGAGGAACAAGACCACAUCUAUUUACAUAGCGGCCGUGGCGGUAACGGUGCUUGGCUGUUCGUAUGCUGCUGUCCCUCUUUACAGGCUUUACUGCCAAGCAUCUGGCUUAGGUGGGACUGUCAAGCAAGCUGAAUCGGGUGAAAAGCUUGAAAAGAUGGAGAGAAAGCCAGAAAGAUCGCUAAGAAUAAGGUUCAAUGCAGAUACCAGUUCAACUAUGCAGUGGAAGUUUAAACCACAGCAGUCAGAAGUCAGGGUAGCCCCUGGUGAGACGGCCCUUGCUUUCUACACCGCCACCAAUGCCACGGAUACAGCCAUCACUGGCAUCUCCACAUACAAUGUUAUACCUUUUGAGGCUGGGCAGUACUUUAACAAGAUACAGUGCUUCUGUUUUGAAGAGCAACGCCUCAACCCCAAUGAACAAGUGGACAUGCCAGUAUUUUUCUACAUUGACCCUGAGUUCACUGAAGACCCUGCCAUGGCCAAGGUGGACACGAUAACACUCUCCUACACAUUCUUCGAGUCUAAAGAAGCAGAGAAAAUGGGGCUAUGAUCACAAUUAGCAAGACGCCAUGAUAACACUAAACUUGGCUAAAAAAAUUUGGCUAAGAUUAACAUAAGUAAUACCGUGUUUAAAGCUUCAAUGGUACUGUACUUCUCUUAGACUACCACCUUUUAGAUUUCUACCAGCCACUAUCUAUUAAAGCCGGCAAUCCGACUUUGAUGACAUACAGUUUCUCAGGCUAUGAAACCCAAUGCAAACGUAGUGAAUUAGAUCCGCUAUGAUCAAAGUGAAUUUGCAUCCAUCCUACAAUUGAAACAGCUCAAUUUUUUUAGAGUAUUAAAUAAUAAAGGAAGAAUUGCAUUUUGAAAAAUAAUAUUCAAAACAAAUCUAAAGUAUCUACGAACUUUAAGUGACUACUUCAUCUCAAGUGGAGAUCUUCAUAGAGGUACUGUACUGUCUAACCCGACAAGUGCUUGAAGGUUUGAAAAGGGGAGAUAAGGACCUGGACUCUCUAAAAGUGAAUGUGUGUAGAGCUGUCCACACAAACAUGAAGCUCGUGUUAAAGAUCCUGCUCAGAAUCAUUGACUUUCACUCUUGAUAAAAUGUCUAAACAGUCAUCAUUAUUUAAAAAAAGAUGUCACUAUGCAUAAACUGAAUUAUCAAAGACACGGCUGUUCAACAAAAGGUUGUCUACAUAAAAAAACAUUUUCGAUGUCCCAAAUGUCAUGUCACUCGUAAGAUCCUUUUGGAUUAGUUUAAUUUCACUGUAAUUUUGGAUUUAGACCGCCGUAAACUAUCCACCGUAACAGCUUUUAGCACACCUUGUACUACAUUCACCGAAAGCGCAUGUAUUAGGAGUCACGUGACAUUGGCAUUUUGGUGGAGAACCUUUUUAAGAUCAGCUGUAUGAAAAUAUAAAGUAGGAUUGAGUUUCAUAAUUUUGUAAAGUAUUAAAGAGUAUCGAUUUAUAAGGUAAUGAAUAUAAUUUCUAGAAUUAAUGUUUCAGAGAAGUCAAAUAAAGUAAAUUUGAAAUCA